GAACCCGGGCGAAGCCAAGAAGUUUUUCCAAUUUUUAUAUUUUUCUUCACCUUCACACUUGUCAUCGUAACGACAUUGCCUAAAUUCCGUCCAAAUCAUACCUGAGAUUAUGCUUCUGAACAAAAACAUAAAGAAAUGGUAUCUGGAUUUUGAAUGUCAAGGAUACAUUAGAUCACAGGACAUUUUAUUGAUUAUUAUAAUAAUGCGUGGAAAAAAAAAUGUUGUUCAUUUGUAAGAAUCUUUCCUUAUCCCUCCUUUAUCUUCUUUAUGUAUGUUGUUGCACUCUUCGCUUGAGUCUUGACCAUUGUAGCUCUCAAAGUUUCCAUGUUGAUUAUUAAUUUGGUUUUUCAAUAUGGAUUACGGUUUACACGGCUCAAUUUUAGUCCGGUUCAAGUCGUUAUUUUUUAACCACCCUGUCAGAAAAGAACGGUUAUGUUUUCUUCUGUGAAGACCGAUUUGCCCUUCCUCUUGUUUCCAGAGAUCACUUUUUUUGAUAAAUAUAAACCGUUACAGUCUCAACGGAACAUAACUGUUUAUAUAAACUGACACAUUCCAUUUCACACAAGACUACGAAACUGUUUAAUCAGAAAAACAGAGAAACACACAAAAAGCAAAGAUGGAGAAAACAGAGGAAAGUGUCGGGAUCAGAGUCUACACGCCGCAAAAACCAUCACCAUCACCACCCUCUCGUUCGCCCAAACCUUUAUUAAUCUCUUCACUUCCUUCACUUCCCCCAGGAGCCGCAGCAGGAGGAGGAAGAGGCCGCAAACGCCGCAUGGUCGCUCAAGGAGUUCAAAAAACGGUUUCAAAGACAUCGAUGAUCGUCAACUUCCUCCCGACAGGAACUCUCCUGAUGUUCGAAAUGGUUCUCCCUUCCAUCUACCGCGACGGAGACUGCAACGGAAUCAACACGCUCAUGAUCCAUAUCCUCCUCCUUCUCUGCGCAACCUCCUGCUUCUUCUUCCAUUUCACCGACAGUUUCAAAGCCGCCGACGAGAAAAUCUAUUACGGGUUCGUGACCCCGCGUGGACUCGCCGUGUUCAUGAAACCGCCGCCGCCUGAGUUCGGAGGCGGAGGAGACGCGUUCGCGGAAGCGGAGAUUCCGGUGACUGAUGAGAGGUAUAAGUUGAAAGUUAACGACUUUGUUCAUGCAGUGAUGAGCGUUUUGGUGUUUAUGGCGAUUGCGUUUUCGGACAGGAGAGUCACGCGUUGUCUCGUUCCGGGGAAACAGAAAGAGAUGGAUCAAGUUAUGGAGAGUUUCCCAUUAAUGGUCGGAAUCGUUUGCAGUGCUCUGUUUCUUGUUUUCCCGACCACUAGACGUGGUGUUGGAUGCAUGUCUGCUUGAUUUUUCUUUAAGUACGUUCUGUGUGUUUUGUGUAUUUGUAUUGUUGUUUUGCAUGUAAUUCAGAUAACUUGUAUUGAACUCUACUAUCUAAUCUUCACCUAUUGUAUUGUACUGUAAAAUAAAAAUGUUGUUAGUCACAUUGUGAUCAUUAUGUUGUAAACUAUUAGCAGGCUUUCCAUCUGGUCUCUUGUAAUCUCUAAAACAGUCUCCAAUGGCUGUUGGUGUACCCUGAUACACCAGUUUAUAUAAAGGUAAGAAACAACGUCUGAGAAUUUUAGUCUUGUUCUACUACUAAAGAUUAGGCUCUUACAGUGAAAUGUUUAUCAACAUCAUUUAUAUAAAGGCAACAAUCUUCCAGUCUAGCUCUCCUCCAUAUGUAUGGCUACCAUUAUUUAGAACAACAGGUUGCUAACAUUACUGUCACUAGCAUCUGCUCUCUUUCCAUUCUUGAAAAAACAACAACAAAUAUAUUUUAAAAGACAAGCAACAAAGAUAUGAAGAAUCCAUGUACCGAAGUUACUCAUCAGAAUGUAUACAGAAUCACAAACUCCCGAGUUGAUCGAAGGUUCAGAAAAAUAACUUUUGUAAUCACUAAACCUAAGAAGCGAGCAAACUAAAACUAGAAACCAAAAAUAUAAACAUCUAAAAGUUACUCAUCAGAUAGUAUCUUAGUUUAUAUUUUGAAAAGAUAUUAUAUAUAUUUCAAUUUUAUAAAUUAGUUAAUACCAAAUAAAUGAAUAUAUAGUAUUUUUACACUAAGAUAAGCGAUGGUAUAUUUUCCAAUGUUAAACAUGUUCAUUUGCACAAAAUGAUACAAUUUUAUAUCAAUAAAAUUUGUGUUUCCGAUAUAGUUUCAUGGAACAAACCUAAAUAUUAUAUUAGAAAUGCUGCUAAUGUGGCUACUAAACUUUCAUCGAUAAAUAAUCAAUUUUCUUAUGUACUAUACUUUCAAGAUAUAAUUUAUGUAGUUCUGAAACGCACAAAACAGAAAUGAAAAGUUAAUUUUCUGAAGUACUAUACAAGAAUUAUGCUUUUGUAAAAGGUUUUAUAACUAAGAUCUACGAUUCGGUAUUAGAGAAACAUAGAAACCCCAUGAAGAAAACAACAAU